ACUAUUUCCAUUGUAGUUGACUAAUCGCAAGAAUGGGUUCACUGAUUCAUAAAAUACCUAUGUUUGUACACUUUUAUAUCGAAAGUAAAGUGACGGUGAAAUAAGAAUACCAAUAAAAUAUUUGAAAUUUAUGUGCUGUAAAAAAUUCGUUACACUGGAAUGAUUUUUCAAUAGGAGAGUGUUAAGUGACAUUAUGAACCGCAAUACUUUGGAUUAAAUUUAUUUUAAACCUUGAUAUAAAGUAAAAUAAAUGUUGCGAAUGAAGUGUGUAGUGAUUAUAAAUAAAUAUAUGUAUUGUGUGGCGGUUUAAAGUACACUAAAUACAAUAUUCACCUUUUUGUCAGACUUUCGAAUAAAGGUGUGUAAUAUAUGUUUUGUCAACGAGAGGCAAUGACUGUGUUGUGUUUGAUUGAUAAGCGACUUUCAUUUUCGGCGGGACUUACUUACUAAUGACAGUACACUGCGGCAAUCUAGCCGUGCGUAAUAAACUGCUUCACAAUUGGAUAAGCAAACCACAUGAGCUGGGGAUUUUGAAUUUGAAAUUUGAAUUUUGUUGUCACAUGAUAUCUUUAUUGAAUGAAGUUAAACAUUUCGGUUAUUGGAAGGAUGAGUUUUAUUAAUGUUUUUUUUUAGGACACAAGUAAUUUUUUUAAAGUGAAAAUAAGUAUGUUGUUGAUGGGAUAUUAUAAUCACAAGGCGUGACAAACAAGAUCGAGAUAAGUAAGCUGUGAAUUACAUAUUUUGCUGACUGGUUUUGCUUUAUGAAUUUUAAAUAAGUAUCGAGAUGAUUAGGAUGAAUAUAUGUGGGUGAGAAUUUGAAUUGUGGGUGAAAUCAAGCAAAUAUUCUAUAUACAUGAGGAACUGUUAGACUGAGAAAUCAUAUUUUAUACACAAAACAUGGUCUAAACGACCUGAGAUUAACUUUGUUUAGAAAAGGUUGAUUAUUAUUUCACAUUUUGAAAAUUACGUGACCUUGAUACAAAGUGCACUGUGUUUUACAACAUGUAACAUUAAUGACAUUGUUGGAUUUGAAAUGAAAAGUAAGAAUUAACAAAUAAUUUUCGUAAAGUUGUUUGAUGACAGUGGAGGGAAAGCAAAGAAAAAGUGGUUGACUGAAGAAUAAAAAAACAGCAAGUGACAUUUUGUAAAAAAGAUAAAAGAUAUUUCAUUCAGGAACAAAAAACAACGAAACUAAUUGAAAAUGAAUUUAACAACUUCAAGUUACUCAAACAUGCUGGGAGGUAUGUGGGGGCCAGAAGGAAGCGAAAUUAACGAAAGGUUAAAAAGACUUGAGCAGUUACAACAAAUGCGGAAAGAACGAGAAGCAAAACUUAGAAAUGACUUUAAAAGUGCCGAGACAGGUGUCAAUAUUGUAAGGACUGAAAGGAUAAAAUCAUCUGAUAUUGAUUCAGAAAACCCAUCAGGAUAUAGAUUUCGUAGAACAAUGUCAAUGCGUGAAAAUGAAACUGAUAGAUACGGUGGUGCAAGACCUAAAAUGGGCAGCUUUAGCUUGUUUGGACAGGACGAUAAUCAAGAGACUGAUGGUAAUCCAAAAACCAUAUUUAGUGGGAUUGUUUCAUCAGUGUUAGGUACCAGAAAACCUCUUAGAGCAGACUAUUCAAGCAGGAGCAGGCUUGGUAGCGGGGAUUCAGACUCUUCAGACACAACUUCAACUUCAUCGUACAGAUAUGACUUUUCUCGACCAAACGUUACUGAAAAUUCUUAUAGUAGCUCUUACUCCAGGCCAGAAGAAAGCAAAGACAGAAACAUUUUUUCAGGAAUUACAAAAAAAGGCAUGAAUAGGCCUGGCUAUGAAAGUAGUUCAUACAGCAGGAGAAUGAAUACUGAGAUACCAAGAGUGAAUGAUGAACAAAAUAGCUAUGAUGGUGAUGAAUAUAGUAAUGAGCAAACAUCUAAUGAGAAUGAAGAUGUUAACACUGAACAUUUUGAAAGUCAUGAGAUAGAGGACCAUGAUGAAGAACCUAAAUAUUUCAUAGAGAGGCUGAAAAAUGGAAAUGGUAAUUCCCAAAGUGAAACAAAUGGAUAUGGACAUUCUAUACCAGCAGUUCCCCCUUACAAUGGUGAUGAUUCAGAAGUUGAAACUUCUGAGGUUUAUUAUGAAGAUCUUCACAACUCAUGUAUACAGCCAGAAGAUGACAUUUUGUCUGUCGCCCAAGAAAUAAGUACUACUUUUGGAAACCUUAAGAGUCCAACUUACUUGACACCUAAAAACAGUAGUCAGAAAAGUUAUUCCAGUAAAAGGUUCAGUGAUGAAAAAAUGAAUUCAAAUGGUGGUGUAGAGGAUCCGGAUGUUUCUGUGACAUAUGUUUUACAAGAAGCUGAUUAUGACAGUGAGGGAGAUGAGGAAGGGAAAACAUUACCUGUGAGAGAAAGUAUGUACAUUGCUAGUACCACUGAAUGGAAUGCCUUAGAUCAGACACAAGGAAAGCUUGACGAAAUGCAUGAAUUCUUUACCGGAGAGGCCCCAAAUGAAGAUCCAAACAUUUCAAGAGAGCUUGAUGGGGGUAAAGUGAAAGCUGAACUUGAGAAAAGCUUCUCAACACCAAAGACUAGUACUAAAGUUAAUGGAAAUAAAACCCCAACCAGUGUGAAAAAGAGUGCAAAGAAAGGAAGUGCUGUGAAAAGAAGUAAGUCCCCAUUAGAUAAAUUGAAAAGUUCAGAAAGUGAAAAUGAUUCAGUUGCUACAUCUGAAAGCGAAAAUGAUGUUCAAAAGAAAAGACCCACCACUCCAAGUAAAAACGGGACUCCAAAGAGUGCAAAGAAAGCUGAAAACAAACAUGGAAUGAGUCUUACUGAUAAGCUUGCUAAGCUUGAGUCACUUACACAAGAAAAAAAGAGGAAACAUUCCUUUAGUGAAACUGAAGGAAAAAAGAACAUUCCCAGUUAUAUGACUGCAACAAGUUCCAGCCAGAAGAAAAGAGCUAAAGAAAGAGAGUCUUCACCAAGAAAUUUAAAGAAAGAUGUGAGAGAGCUUAAACAAUUUGUGCAUGAGCAUGCUUCAGAACCAAAUACUCCAGUUACUUCACCUACAAAACAUUUUUCUGAAGAAUUUACAUACAAAGAAAGGAAGGAUACUAGAGAAAUGAGUGUUCAAACUGAAUUUGUCAUUGACUUUCCUGAUAUUGUCUAUGUUUGCAAACAUUGUGGAAAAUCAAGCCAGGAAGAAGCACAAUCCCCAUUAACUAAGGAAAAUCUGAGUAAAGCCUAUGGACAAAAAGCAAAGAGAGAAAGUCCAGACAGUGAAAAAGCAAAAACUGUUGAUAACAAAAUCAGUUCAAAGGAUUCUGUCAAAUCAUUUGGAGAAACAAGUACAAAGUCUGAAAAGAUCUAUAGGUAUAAACCUAAGGCAACAGGCGGUGCACAAAGCUACAUGAAAGGUACAACCAGUAGUAGAUUGAGAAACAAUGCUAAUAACUUAUCAAAUUCAGAUGGAAAAGCUAGAAAAGGGUCUGCACCUGAAUUAGUUCACUUGGCUGAACUAGAGUCUGCUAAAAGUACUUCAAGUUUGAAAGGUAUUGUCUCGCAGAAAGCAAAAGCUAUUGAAAGUUCAACAAAAAGAGAAAAGAACAAACCAACAUUAUCCUUGUUUAGAGGCAGCAGCGUAGAGAGAAAUAAAUCAGACACAGCAAAUAAAAAAUCACAGCUAGCAAAGAGUAAAAGUGUUGACCAGGUCAAUGUUUUGAGGCAAGAAUUGCUGACACCAAGUAAUGAUACAAAAACAGAAAAACAAACCACUGAAAGUAAAGUUAUCCAAAAUAAGACUUCACCAGAAAAUAAUGCACCCCCAAAUCCAGUCACUUCACCAACAAAAAAGAAAGCCCCUACUCCACCUAAAGUUGCACCUAAGCCAACUGUUGUUGAAAAGCUAGAUUUGUCUUCUCUUGAUUCCCCAAAGUCACCAAUAUCAUCCAGAUCACCUCGAGCAUAUAAAAGGCCACCCCUUGCAUCUCCUAGAGUUCAAGAUACAGAAAUUAGUCCAAGAAGUGAAUCAUCUGAAGUAGCUGAUGAUGGCAGGGCAAGUGUAGAGUCCAAAGGACAAUUUACAACUCUUGAUGAUAAUCCAUUUAUAAAGAAUGAUUCUGGUAGAAGAAAUAGCUUGAAAGGUCAUGAUAAAAAUGAGUCGGUUUGGGAAAAGGCAGAGAGUAGAUCAAGGGACUCUUCAUUAAAGAGAUCAAAUUCUACAUCAGAUCGUGAAAGACCAAGUUCAGCUUCAUCCUUAAAGCGUCACAACACAAGUGCUGGAGAAAAGUCAAGUGUCUCUGAGUUAACCUGGUCAGACUCAGGGUCAACAGGAAGCUUGAGAGGUUCUAAAUCAAGCCUUCAUGGGUCAAACUCAAGUCUGAAUAAAGAUAGCGGUUCAGCUUUCUACAGACCAAGAACUGUUAGUCAGUCGUCAAUCACCAGUCAAACCAGUCAGAAUGCCAUGUUAAAUUUGCUUUCGCCAAUUGGUACAACACGUCAUCCUGUCUCCGGAGCAAUGGAGACAGACGUCGAUGCUGCAUACAAUGAUCAAAGUAAAGACUUACAAAAAACUGUUGAUCAUGAUGAAGAGACGGUAAAUAGAGCUCACCUGGACUUUGCAAAGAAAGCUUGUGAUACAAUGUUAGAAUUUGAAUUGAAAAAACGAGACUCGAGCAAUGAAAGUGAUAAAGGGAAGAAUAAAACUGAAGAUAAUAAAGAAAAUAACAAUAUUAAUAAAGAAAAUAACAAUAAUAUUAAGAACUUGAAUAAAGAAGACACAAGUGGUCUGCAUAAUGGAGUGGCGCCUGCUAAAAAAGAAAAACCAAAGAAAGGAUUCCGAAAACUUUUUAAGAAAUAAACACUAUUAAAUAAUCAAGCAGAUAAGCUAUGACUUUGAAAUGUUUUAAAGCAGUUUUCUUAUUAUUUGCUUUCUUCAUUUCAUGUUAUUAAGAUGUUAAUUAAAAAUAAUUAUGGUCUGUAAAGAUCCUUAUAAGAAUAUCAUCAUAAAUACAUUUAAAAAUGACUUUUUAGAAAAAUUAAGAAGACUAAAAUUGUGUUUUUAUAAGAAAAUUACAUGUAGAUAUUAUGACUGCAAUUUUUAUUGUAAUUUAUUUUUUCAGUAUAUUUGCACAUGUAACAUUUUUGUACAAAUACAAGUUUUAUAUAAAGUGUUAGAGGCUAUGCUUCAUUUGAUAUGAUAAAAAUACCAGUGUGAUUGACAAAUUGUGAUACCUGUACCUGAUCUUAAAGUUGUUGUUGUUGUUGUUCAUGUUAAGUGUAAAUUAUCUAAUUAGUUAAAUGUUCUUUGAUGUCUUUGAUGUUAUAUGUGAGGGAAGGAAUGGGUGGUUUUAUAAAUUGAAUGUUGGCUUUGAUUCACUGCUUUGACAAUUUAAUGGUUUUAUGUUGAUUUUUUAAGUAAAUUGUUUUAUAGUUUAUUUAUUUUAUGAGAUUUAAGCUUGAAAUGGGUAUAUCUUUUUAAAGUUUACUUUAUGAAUGUUGUGCACCCUACUUGCCCUAUGUUGAAUUGGGAACUGCAUCUGUUGUUAUUUUUAUUUAUGAUUAAUUUAUAAAUGAGUAUCAAAAGGUUGAAAAUUAUAAAGCCUAAGGUCAGCUCUUCAAAGAUAUGCAGGCCAGCUGGCAGCAGGCACAUCUUUGUUUGCUGCUAUUUUUCCACUCUAGUGUCAUUUAUUAAAUUUUUUUUAACUGUUUAACAGUGUUAUAUAUACCUGUACUUUCCUGAAAUAUAUAUUUGUUCUUUAACUUAAGUAACUUUGCAGGAUUGCAUUAUGAAGGAAUGGUUUUGAAGAAAUUGCAUAAAUUUCAUAUUGUUUUAAAAGCUUGCUUGUUUUAUAUAAUUAUGAUAUAUUGUAUAUAUAUACUGUUUGAGUGAUAAUCCACUAUUACAAGUAUUUCAUGACCAAUUUUCCUCACAAAGUCUCCUUUAUGAUUUGUGGACAUAAAAAAAAUGAAGAAAAAAAAGUUGUGAUUUAAAUGUCUCUGUUUCAAAUGAAGUAUAAGAAUGUAUGAAGUGAAGGCUUAUUCUUGGUUGUUGAUGUGUAAUUAAUUUGAUUCAAUUCUAUGCAAAUCUCCUGCUGAAAUGACAUAAUAAAUGCUUACAUUGUUGGAUUUUAUUGCAUGAAACUAUGUUGGUUUGAAAUAUAGAAUGUAUAUUGCCAUAAAAGGACAUGUGAUUAAAGGGUGUAAAGCUAUAAACUAGCUAAAUUUACUAUAUAUUAAUUAUAAAAAACUGUACAAUAACAAAUUGUUUCUGUAUACAUAUGAUUGUUUCUCAAAAGAGUUUUAGAGGCAUAUUACUAUAGUUACAUAUUGAUAAUUAUAGCAGAAUGAAAACUUUAAAAUAGAAUUUAUUUUGAUCUUUAUAUUAUCUUAGAAUUAUGAAAACACAAAAUAUUUACCGUAUUAGACCUACUUCGUUUUAGAGUCAUCUGCCGUUCAUUUUGAAAAUUUUGCUUAUUUCAAGGGCAGAUAAUUCCCGUACAAGGUUAGCAAGGUCAUAAGAAACUUCAUGAUGCAAAUUUUAUUAUUAUUUAACCAAUUACUGACAGCCUUAUUACAGCGAGUUACAAUAUAUACAGUAUAUUAAAUUUGUUUCCGUCAUUAAGUUUAAGAACUCUAAUUUAAAUAUGUAAUGAAUAUGUUUAGAAUGUGAACAUUGUUUAAGCCCUAUUAGGCCUCGGAAAUGCUUUUUUCUCUCAAAAGCUUUUUAUUUAUGGUGUAUUUUUAUAGUUUUUUAAGUUAUUCUUUGGCCAAUUACUUGAAGCAUCUUUUUAUUCUGUUGCUAUUUUGGCAUCUAGUACAAUUAUAGUGAUACAGUAUGUCUGUAUGAAGGCAAAAUACUGCUUUGUUUAUAUUCCGCUACUUUAAUGACAAGUCAUUUCACAUUAAUCAUGUUCCAGCCUACUCACGACCAUGUUUCUUCAUAUGACACCAGUACAGGUUGGUUCCAGGAAGCGGACUCGAAAGUGAUUAAUAUAAGUUCCAAGAACUUGUUUCGCAAUAUGUUGAAACCAAUGAAUCACUACUUUCUUCAGACAGGUUAACAGCAUCUUAAAUGCUCUUAAACCAUUACUAAUAUAUAUUAUGAAAUUCAUGUAAUUGUUUUUGAGUGAGGCAUGAUGGGAAUUAAGAAAUUAAAUGCAAUAUUGUUUUUUCUCAGUGAAACAAAAUUAAUAAGAAGCUUUAAAACCUUCACUUGUAGAAAUCUCUAAAAUUUGGCUAAUGUAAUAAAUAGUUAAGUCCCUAAUAAGAAAAAAAUUAAUCAAUUUAAACAGCUCGGAUGAGCAACGUAGGAUUGUCUGUAGCUGUUUAAGAUGUUAAUUUUUUUCUUAUUAGCAUCUAAAUAAUUUCGUCUUUGGCCAACUUUUUGUAUGCCUUUUUUCCUCAGAAGAGAUGUGACAUUUAAAAUUUAAUGUUAUUGGAGACAGUUUAAGGGGAAUAAAUUUCCAGAAAUUUUCAAAUUUUGAGGUCUUCUCAUUGGAUGAAAAAAGGAGGACAGAGACUAAUAUCUAUUAUAUUUCCCUUGUUUUUAGAACAUUUUAAGUGUUUAGAAAAUAUAAGUUAGUCCUGCAUUGAAAGGUUAUGUAGCGGUUGAAAAAGAUUAAUUUAUUAAAAGCUUUUAUGUUUGCUGCAUAUCUUAUAUGUCGUGUAUAAUUGUUUUCAAAUUUUUAAGCAGCUUAAAAUUUCAACAAGGUUUAAUAGUAAAAAUACCCGGCAUAUCCUGCUUGAAUUUAUUUUUUGUUGAAAAAAAAGGAGUAGCCAUGGCUGUGAUGAAUUAUUUUUAUAAUUUAAUGAUUUCUGAAUACAUAAAAGUUCAUGGAAAUUUGUUAGUUUACAUCACUUUUGGAAUUGUAUGUAAUUGUCACGGGCUUAACAGGUUGUACUGAUAAAGACACAAUGUGGAGUUUGUGUCCAGUCCAUAACUUUUGCAUGCAAGAUGGGAUUUCUGAACAAAUAAUACACAUGUCAUGAUCACCAUAUUAAGGUCAAGGUCUCAAAUUAAGGUCAAUGUCUUGGUAGUCAAAUUGUGUAUGACUUGUAACUUACAAUUAGCCAGUCGAAAUAUUUCACCUUUGUUUUCAUUUCGUCAGUUGACAUGCAAAACAUACUUGCUCACCUUCAAGGUCAUGGUCAUACUUGGAAAUCAAAGGUCAAAACAUGUCAGGCCUAUAAAUAAAUUGUUACUUGAUAGAAUGUACUUAUUUCUUAUUUCUAGUGUAUAUUGUUUGUUUUUUCAAUUAAGGCAAUGCUACAGUUAAUACUUGUCAAUAUCGAACUGUAUGUUAUUGAUAUAUGUGAAUUUGAUAGUAAAUGGUCAAGCAUUGUUAUUUACCUGUACCAAUAUGCAUAUAUUAGCAUAAUGAAUAAAUGCAUUAACAUAAUUA